GACCCCACCUCAGUUAAUGGUGACAAAGGUCUUCAUGCCAGUUCGUCACAGCUCUAUGACGGAAAGUUAUGAUGCAAACAGUCUACAGGGUUCUGGGCCUGAUAUUAUGACAUCAAGAAUACCACGCCCAAUAUCAGGCAAUGGGCGCAAUGCAGAAAAUGUUCAAAUAGCCCGUAGUAUUCCUAUGGAUGUUCCCAUGCCUUCCCCAAAAGAUAAACAAAUCUCCAGUCAGCCUGAUGAGGACAGUGGCUUGGCAGCAUCUUUUGCAUCUAGCGGCAGUUGGACACCCGGGCCAUCACCGCAUAGCAGUAGUGCCAGUAACAACUCUAACAGUUUCACGAUUCGUUGGAUGCGUAGUAGGGCCACAAUGCUAGAAUAUGGCCCAAGGAAACGGUACUCUCUUGAUGAUCAAGCUAACUCUCAAGCUUCAAAUGGGGACGCUAAACUACCUCCUAAUAUCAAAUACAAUCAGAGGGCAUCUAAGGUUGGCUUGUGCAUUGUUUUCUCCCUGCCAGAGGAAACCAUUGAUGAUCCUAAAAACAGGAAUUUCCAGAAAUUCUUUUUUUCGCACAUCACCCUGAUUGAGGGUCACGUGAAUAAACUGAAGAAAACUGUUGAAGCGGCAUAUUGUAGGAAACACAACUUUGUACCAGUUGUUAAUGAGGCCUUGGAAAAGUUUCGAUCAGAAGUCUAUGAUCUCUAUCUGGCGCCUCGGUUGAAUGAACCCAUAUGGUUAAGCAUGGUCUCCUACUCAUCUAGUAGACUCAUUGUUUGCCAGCACUUUCUGAAGGAGUUUAUAUCACUGGUUGAUAGGAUGGACACCAAGGCCAAUAACUUUUUCAUAAGUACACUGCUGACGGGUGUUUUGACAAAUCAUCUUGCUUGGGUUCCUACGGUAACACCUGCGGGAGCUGCUCCUAGUGUCACCUAUAAUGAUAAACACACAGCAAAAUGGCUGGAUACACUGGCCAAGUCGCAUCCCUACAAUCCAUUAUGGGCACAGCUAGGGGACUUAUAUGGGGCUAUAGGAUUCCCUGCAAAACUUUCUCGAACUGUGAUUGUCGGCAAACGUGCUGAUUUAGUUUGCAAGCUGCUGUAUAUCCUCAGCUAUUUUAUCCGAUGUAGCGAGGUUCAGGAGGUCCUUGAACAGAGAUUGUAUGAAGAAACAGAUGAUAUUAUCGACGAUUUUAGCCCAAAUGACGAUCUGCAGUUUGAGACUAGUCAUGACACGCCACAUGAAUAUUACGGAAAUAGUCAUAAUACAACCUCAGAGAGUGUUCGAACUCUUACUAGUUCACCACUGUGUGUUGGUUCACAACUAUGUGGUGGCUCACAUCUUUACCCAGAUCUGAAUCAGGAUGAUCUUAAAAUAGAUUUAUAUCUUCAAUCAGGAGUAAGCAAGACAGGUGAUUCAAUUACCACUGAAACAAACAAUACAUAUACUGAUUCAGGGCCACAUGGUAUGCUACAGAAUCAUGAACCUGGAUAUGAUCUUAAAUAUACAGAUUCAGGGCCCAGUAGUAAUCAUAGUAAACAAGAACAUGGGUUUAAUAAAAUUGCUCAAUCGAAGUGCCAUACAGGAGGACAAUGUAAUAAUAAAGAGAACAGCAUAACUGAAGAAACAAACAUUUGCAAUAAUUGUACAAACAUGCGAAGUAAUUUUGAAGAUAACUGUGAGCCUUUAAGAGAUAUUCAAGAUAAAGUCAAGGCUCUCAUGAGGACAAAAAGUCCCCAAGAAGUGUUAAAAUGUCCCCAAAAUAAAUCUGAAGAAUUGAACAAUGUGCAAAAUGUGAAAACAGUAAAUCAAGCUGGCCUGUUGGAAAACAAAAUGAUUGAUCCCCAAGAAAAUUCAGACAUUUGUAAAUUAGCUGAAAAUGACAUUGCUGAAACAAGGAACGUUUUAAAAAUUAGGCACAUUGGGAAAUCAGCUGCUGAAAUUCGGGAAAAUCUUCAAGCGAAGCUCCAUAAAAAACAAACAGGGUUUGAAAAUGAAAUUGACGGUGAAUUGACUUCUAUUAAUGAAAAUCUGGGUAGAACAAACAAUAUUGGAAAUAAAUCCUAUUUUCAUGACAAUAUAGUGAAACCUAAAGAUGUCUCUGUUGAUGGUUCAGAUGUGGUGCUGUCGAACACUGAUCGGCGGAUUCCACUUUACUUUCGAUUCCCAUCAAAAGAGGGCAUGUUUGAUGAAUAUUUUGAAGACGUGCCACCAGUUCAUGAAAUCGUCAAACCUAAAGCACUGGAAAAUCCUGUGCAAAACUUUGCACGUGUGAACCUCAUAAGCACAGUCACUGACGAUGUGUGUUCUUCUAGUCUCAAAAACAAUGCAGUCAAAUCUGGGGUCUUUAAGCCCUUUGAAAAGCACAAGGAGCUGGAACCCCCAGAUACUGAUAAAGGAUACGGGUCACAUGAAAAUGAAACAUACACUUUGCCCAAUGGCAAACAUAUUGAAAAUGUUAUCAAUGAUAAUACUGAUGAGCCAGUUUUACUACAUGCAGGACCAAAGAGGCCUUCAGAACUAAAUGUAUCUACAGUUAUUGAAAACAAUGCCUUACAAGCUAAACAAUCUACAGUUCAAUCGAGAAAACUUGAGGGAUUAUCUUUACACAUUCAGCCCAAUAUUAAAGACACGACUAAUAGUGAUAUAAACAGUCAGGGUUCUCAAAGACCCCUUAGUAGCUCAAAAUCUGUGAAGACCCCUUGUAGACAAGACAGUGAAGAUUCUACAGCAACAAUGACGCCAGGAAUAGUCCAGACCCCUGGAAGUGGGAAACGACUUGAGAGGAGUACUAGUGUGGAUCCAACAAUUGCACGUCUGAGAACUGGGACUCCAACUGACAACACCAGGAGGCGCCACCUAUCUUCCGUCAGCACACAGAGCUAUAUGUCUGAAGAUAAUGACCCAUUUCUUAAUCUCCGUGAACUUCCGAUGCCGAUGUCUGAUCAGGACGAAACAACAAUGCAGCAAAUUGAAACAAACUUUGGGCACUCGUUACUCGCAGGGUACUCCGAUCACUAUAUGUCGGAUUUUGUUCUGCAUGGUACAAGCGAUACCAAAUUUGAAGGUCGUUUGAUGAAUGAUUUGGCGAUGUCGGCGCAACAUCCUGUUUUGGAUGAGCCUGCUGUAGAAGCGUUAUGUGUCAUUGGAGAUACUGAUAAAUGCAAAGUAAAAGUGAUGUCACACAGUCAAAUGGUACGUGGACGACAAACUGUGACAGAGGUUAUGCCGUCACAGAUGAUCUUAAGCCUCGUUGAGUCCACCCGGCACAUGUGCUCAAUGAAGAUGCCUCCAGAAUUUUGCUUGAUGCAUUUGGAAGACUGUCUCCAAGAAAUUUACUUCAAGAGUAAGACAUUAGCUGAAUAUCUGAAGACAAACAAAAGAACACAUUUGAAAGAUCUCACCACUAUUCUCGGGUGUGACCAAAGUGACCUUCCUGUCCUCUUAGCCGUUGCCGGAACCCACUCCCCAAAUCUCAACAUUGGCCUUCUUCAGUAAACUUUAGGCAGUUGAGACUAGACAUGCUGAAAUUAUCACCCCUUAUUGUAUGAACUUGUUAUUUAUGGAUAGUGAAGUGGUUAUUUCAUAGCUCAAUCUUAUCUAAUCUGAUGAUAGAUUAUACUAGAUUCAUGAUGGUAUUUAAUUCAGAGCCAGCUAGGAUUCAGCAGUCUGUUUUCCCAUUUUAGAGCUAGCUCGGAUUCAGCUGUGUGUUUCCCCAAUAUGCAGUAUAUUUUCAAAUAUAGGACAUUGCAGUAAAGAAUUUUACUGCAGAUAAUAACUUUUUUAGUAAAAUGUAUAAGUAUUAGUAAUUACUGAUAACCUACAAUUAAAGUUUAGUAUAGGAGACUGUCCCCUGACUGAAACUUUGUAGUAAAAUAUUCUAAAAAACUAAUACUGUAUUCUCUCUAAUGACCGCACAUUUCCAAUGGGCUCACAUGCAACUUUUUUAAGGAAUAUGGUCUCAUGAAAAGACCAAGUUUAAUGCGUUAGUUUUCAUUAUUUACACAACAAGAUAUCGAUUGAUAAUUAUGGAAUCUCUCAAUAUAUUACCCCUUUUAUUUCUCAAUUUGGGAGAAUUGGAGAGAAUAUGGUAUUUAGAAACGAAUAAUAUAUGACUUGAGAGAUUACAAAAAUAUUUGGUUUCCUUCAAGAAUUUCUCUUGUUUAGAAUUCAUAGAGAAACAUUUGCAAUAAGGAGGCAAAAUCCCUAAAUUCUUGAAAAGUAAUAGUAAUGUCAUACAGUUUUAGGAAGGCUUACUAAACAAAUAAUUAAUUUUUUUGAAUUGGUCUUACAUUAAUUGCUAUGCUGAAUUAUAACAACGUAGCUAAUUUAACUUAUUUAAUAUCUGUAAAUAUAUAAUAUAUGGCUUGAUAACCAAGUUUAUAAGUACAUCAAUCUUCUAGGGUCAGUCAAUAUGAUUAAAAUUGAAACAAUUGAAAAGUGACUUGGUUCAAAAAGACAAGCUUUGUUUAUUUAUAUUUUGCAUUAGUUUGUUAAAAUUAUGUAUACGGUGUUGUGUGUACAUUUCUGAGACCUUAGGAAUCUGGACCAAGCCAUAAUUUAGAAUCCCAUGUUCCAUUUAAUUAAAAAUAUUAUUUAGCAAUAUUGGUGUAUAAAUUAAAAGUUAGCUUUCAUUAUAGGAGGGGGUUAAUCCUUAAAUGGAUUAAGUUUUUCAAUAACUGUUUUGAAAUUUAUUUUGCAAUAACUGGAAUAUCACUCCUUGGUAGCGGAAUAUCACUACCUAUAGGUAGAUAUAUUAAGAGACAAUUUGUGCAUUAUAACUCCCUUAAGGACCUCUGUUGUCUGUAUACGUAUGUAAAACUAACUGGGAAGUGUGUUAUUAUAUGUGUAUCAAAAGUAAGUCCCUUUAACAACAUUAAUAUGUAAUUUAUUUAUUGAAGCAACAUACAAUGCAUUGAUGUGAAUCUGUUCUUUAAGAACUAGUAAAACUAAUAAAUCAAUUUUAAAACUUAA